AUGAUGCUUGAUCGUCUGCGUGCUCCGGAAAAAGAUGGUGGCGCUGGUCUGACCACAGGCGACAUCCAAAAGCUCAUUGACCAGGGCAUAGGCACGGUUGAAGCACUUGCAUUCGCACCGACUAGACACAUAAGCAGUUUGAAGGGCGUGUCGGAACAGAAAGCUGAGAGAUUGAAAAGGGCCGCCUUGAGUCUAAUCCCAAUGGGUUUCCAAUCAGCCGGGCAGUACCUUGAGCAAAGGUCAAGUAUGAUAAGGAUUAGUACUGGAUGUCCUAGCAUAGAUGCACUCCUGCGUGGUGGAGUAGAGACAGGAUCAAUAACAGAAGUUUUUGGGGAAUCUCGGUCGGGCAAAUCCCAGUUUUGUCAUGCACUGUGCGUUGCGGCUCAGCUACCUGUCAGUCAGGGUGGAGCGGCAGGACGAUCUCUAUACAUAGACACAGAAGGGACAUUCCGGCCGGAACGUUUGGCUGAUAUGGGACACAAGUGGGGGCUGUUGGUGACGAAACGCAGGAGGAGGGAUGAGAUCAAAGGGUCGGGGGAGAAGAAGGACUGGACGAGGAUGAUGAAGGAGAAGGCGGCACUUGAGAAGAGGAUUGAUGAGCUCAAUGAGAAGAAAGCUGCCACGGGAUACGACAGAGAUAGAUUUCGAGAUCUACGUAACGAACUUGGGCGUUUGGAGGCACGGUUGGAGCGGCUCAUUGAAGAUAAGCAGAGGCUUUAUUCGGAGGUCCGCAAUAGGGUAGAAUUCCAGUAUGACUCUCCAGGAGGGUUUGACAGGUCUAGAGUGAAGGGUGUGUGUGCCAAGCUAUUUGAUGUUAAGCAGGAGUAUGCGGAAUACGCGAGAGCUUUGGAAGUGGCAGCGGGGUCGAAGCUCUAUCACAUCUGUGUUGACGAUCCUCAAACGGCUAAGAUAUUAAUGUCAGAUCCAAGCAGCAGGCAAAUGAGAAGACGACAGAAUUUCGUACCGCUGUCGAAAAUCCAGACUAGAAUUCCCACGCCCCAACAGAUUUCUGGAGCGAAGCGAGCAGCAGCUAGUGUGAAUGGUGAAUGUGUGCCGGCUCUUGAUGCAGUAGACUGCCCGGAGUGCUACACCAAAGUCGUAGAGUACCUUUUUGGAGCUACUUUCUUAUGCGAUACGUCGGACACUGGGAAAGCUGUCACCUUCCACCCACAGGUGAAGGCCAAGUCAGUGACUAAGGAUGGAGAUUCUUACGACCCCUCUGGCAGUCUUACAGGAGGAAGCAGCUCUAAUGGCAACGACUACAGCGUAUUGAGAACACUCUGUGAGCACUUUGCUCGGUGCAGGGAGGAGAGGCAGUUGAAUGGCGAUAUAGAGCAGCUAAAUGUGGAGAUUAGCAGGCAUCAGAAGUCUAAGGGGGCAUGGGAGAACAUUGACCGAGAGCAGCGAGAUUUGGAUUCUCAGUUGGGCAGUGUUAGCUGCAGAAUCACAAGUCAUCCUUACCACACAUUGCAUCAAGAGAUAGAGGAACUCAGUGUUCAGAUUGAGGAGCAUGAGAAAUCUAUAGAGGAGUUGGAGGUGGAGAAGGAGCGGUUGGCAGCUGAGGUGGGCCGCCUGCAAGAGGAGGUAGCUAGCCUUGGAGGGAAUCAGGAAGAGCAGAUAAGGAAAUUAAAGGAGGAAAUAGAGCGAGUGAAAGCUGAGGAGAGCAGCCUCCGAGGGCAACAGGAGGCGCAAGCUGCGAAGGUUGGCGAUAUGGAGAUGGAGAAGGAGUCCAUUGAGCGGGAUGUAGAAGCACUAGAGGCUAGCAUCUCGGGUCAGGCAUUGGAAGAGUUGCGGGGCGAGCUGGAAGGUCUACAGGCGGCUCAUGAACGUAGUAAGGAGAAACACCAAGCAAUAGAGGACAAGUUGGCGGGCAUGAACCAAAGUCGACAAACUGUGCAAGAUGAUAUUGACGCAUUAGAGGCCAAGUUGGUGGAAUUGAAAGAGUCUAAAGCAGCUGCCGAAUCGGAAGUAAAGAGGCAGACGAAGAGCUUGUCAGAACUGCAAGCUGCACUCAACGCGACGGGCGAUCGACUUGAUAAGCUGGAGAGCGAUCGGCCAUGGAUUAGUCGGGAGAAAGCGGGCUUUGGAGUCGACGGCUCAGAAUGGGAUUUCGACGCAUCCGAGCUGGACUUGCGGCAGAGUCAAAAACAAUUAGCGAAGUACGAGAAGGACCAGAAGGAGGCCGGUCGAGACCUCAACAAGAAAGCAGGCAUGCAAUAUGAGCAAUCUAAAGUUGCUGCACAGAAGCUUAUAGCAGAUAAGGAGACGACUCUGGCUGAAAAGCGCGAGAUUGAGCGCUUCCGAGAUAGUCUAGACGAUCGGAAGAGUGAGGAAUUGACUCGUACAGUGCAGCAGGUGAACAAAUGGUUUGGUGGCAUCUUCCGCUCCCUCUUGCCCAACGUUAAUGCUAAGCUUUCUCCACCAGCGGGAAUGACUCAGCUGGAAGGCCUCGAAUUGAAAGUCCAACUCGGCUCAGUGUGGAAGGAAUCACUCACUGAGCUGAGUGGUGGUCAGAAGUCACUAUUGGCUUUGUCGUUGGUGCUUGCUCUGCUCAAGUUCAAUCCAGCUCCAAUGUAUAUUCUUGACGAAGUAGACGCAGCCCUCGAUGUUAGUCAUACGACGAACAUUGGUCGAAUGAUCAAGGAGUACUUUCCCCAAGCUCAGUUCAUCAUAGUCAGCCUCAAGGACGGCAUGUUUAAUAACGCCAAUGUCCUCUUCCGAACUCGAUUCGUUGAUGGGACUUCGGCAGUAUCUAGGACUGAGCUGAAGAAUAACGGCAGCUCAUCCACCUCGAGUUCUCCUGCUGGUCAGAAUGCUAGAGGAAAGAAGCGAAGGGCCGCUGAUGCACUACAAGACUAG